AUGAAGGCCACCACAGUUGCUCUUAGCCUCUUUGCCACUCUUACUGCCGCGUACUCCCACCCGCGCCAUCUGCACUUCCGCCGCCAGAACUCGACCGCUCUUGUCACCAGCUCCGAGGUCCCAGCCGCAGUGGCCGCGGCGGCUUCCGUUGCCAGCAGCUCAAGCGUCUUGUCGACAGCCCUGUCGGCAACAAUCCCGCUUGUCACUGGUGUCUCCUCCGCGGCGGAGCUUGCCGCAGCCCCCACCAAUGGCACCGUUCCCGCCGGCAGACUAACAACACUGACUGUGAAGACCACGUCGAUCCACACCAUCACCUCCUGCGCUGCCACCAUCACCAACUGCCCUACCAACACCAAAGAUCUCGCAAGCCUGCCUGCCGAGGCUCUCUCUACAAUCAUUGUCACUGACGUGGUCGUGCUCACCUCCACCGUGUGCCCCGUUACUGCCGUCGCCUCCAUCUCGUCCAGCGUUGUUGCUGCCCACUCGUCCGGUCUCAUCAAGGGGAGCACUCUGCCUCAGUCUACUGUGAAGGCCACAACGGCCGUAGCGCACGUUGCCAGCACCGUGACUGUGGUCUCGACGACUAUUGCUACCUUGACCACCGCUAAGACCAUCACCAUCACCCUGGGAGGAGGAGGCGGCAAUGGGAACGGCAACGGCACCCCGCGCGUUGUCACCAGCACCAUCCAGUCCACUUUCAAAUCCACCAUAGAGCAGCUUGUAACUGUCACCAUUUCUGCUGAUGCAACCUCGGCCCCCGCUUCUGCCGCUACCACCGCCGUCGCUGCUGUCGGCGUCGAAAAGGACUCCACCACCACCAAGACUACAACCUCGUAUGGAACCCGGACAGUUACCGUGAAGACGGGCACUACCACCUCGGUCGUUAGCGGUGGUUCCAGCUCUGGAUCGGGCUCUGGCUCCGGGUCGGGAUCGGGUGGCUCGUUCGUCGAGUGCGCCAACAGCGUCGUCACUGUCACGCAGGCCGCUGUUACCGUCACCGAGAAGGCUUCGACCGUCACUGAGAAGGCCUCGACUGUCUUCGUGACCGUGACGGCCCCUCAAGAGGCUUUUAGUGCUGUCUUCUCCACGUUCCCGGCCAAGGACGUCGUGGGCUCGGUUACUACCUCGGCCGCGGCUCUUGCUACCAGCUCCAGCUCCAGCUCCAGCUCCAGCGGCGCUGACGAGGCGUGCAGCACUGAGGAGGUCGUGACCAUCACUCUGUCAUCCGCAACCGGCCGAUUCGCUGUCCCCAGCAACGGCACAGUGGCGUUCCCUACAGGCACCGCUGCCGCCAAGCUGCGCUAA